GGAAAAAAAAUAACAAAAUCUGGCAUCAAUGUUUUUGCUGUUGUACAGUAGCUGCACUCGUGAAAUUUAUGGCUUGAAAUGUCCUUCGCAGUUUUAUAACUUUAUAAAUAAUUACGGUACAACAUUAAUGACAGUUGGAGGGAAGGAGUUUUGAAGGUGUUGUUUUGUCCAGGGGGAUUUUAAAUUGGCAAAAUUAGAAGCUGAAAUGUGUGACGGAGGAGGUGUGAACACUCCAGAGUGACGAGAAAGGCUUGUGGAUGAUUUACUGGCUGCUUGAUGGAAGAGUGAGAGAAAGUUGUGACACUGUUUGAUAUGCAGAUUAAUGACAUACAGAAGUUUAUGCUGCUUUUUACAUGAUUGGAUCACUAUUUCAAGUGGCUUUAACUGCAUUUUCUAUUUUUAUGUGUUUUCAUUAGGAUAGUUUUCAAGUCCAGAACAUGGUUUCCUGAGCGGCCCGACCACCAUCACCAUCACAAGGGUUAAAACCAGUCCAGCCUGGGCCAUGACGGCUCUGCUUCCCAACAUCAGUGUUGCUGGAAGUACAGCAGCUCUGCCAGUGACUACCGACUGUCCGUUUAACCUGACACCAGCUGCUCAAGCUGGACUCGGGUCGGACCAGUCACUGGCUCCUCUCUGUACUCUCUGCUGCUGUGGGUUUCUCAAUCGCACUCUGGCCGUGGUGUUCAUGGUCAGCCUGGCGUUUGCCAUCGUGGUUGGAAAUGUGGUCACACUUACUGUCUUUGUGCAAACGAGGCAGUCGAGAACACCACAGGGAUAUUUGAAAGUUUCUCUGGCCAUAGCAGACAUGAUGGUCGGUGUCCUCGUGGUUCCUUUCUCUGUCUACACUGAAAUCUCUCUGAUGGUGACCAGCGCUCCUCCCAUCUGGUACCAGGGAACCUCCCCGGCCACCUCCUCCUCCAUCAGUGGAAUAGUGAGCCCUUGGCAGCCCUGCAUGCUGAUUGGUCCCGUGUUUGCUGGAUGCACUUUUGUCUCCAUCAGCACCAUCUUCCUGAUGACCCUGGAGCGCAGCGUGGCCAUUCUGAGGCCUCUGCACAAAGACGCCUUGGUGACCCGAAGGCGAACUCUGCUCCUCAUCCUGCUCUCGUGGACCGCCAGCUUCCUGCUGGCUCUCGCUCCGCUCAUCUUCAGCAGAAACUUCACUCUGGAGUACAAUGAGUGCAGCCGUAUGUGUAACUACACCCCACUACUAUUUGGAAGCCAGCUGCCACCUGAUGCCAACAUUUUGCUCUUAUUCCCGGCAUUUGACUUCACUCUGCUCGGUGGCACAUUAGCAGUUAAUAUUGUGUCCUUCACUAGCAUCCGACGGUACUCUCGAAAGCGUAAACUGCUCUCAGAGGGUAGUCUGAGUGAUGCAGGGGUAGCUGGAGGAGGAGGAGGCGGAGGAUGCCCUCACAGACCCUCGUUCUCAGACAUCAAAGCUGCCAAGACAAUAGGCAUAUUAACAUUCGCUUUCACAGCAUCUUUCUCCCCCAUCGCAGUGUUUGUGCUCGGAAACGUGGUGGGAUACACCUGGUGUAAUUUUUCCUUUUUUGCCUUCUGGAUUCUGACAGGAAACAGUUGCUGUAAUGUGAUUAUCUACAGUGUCAGGGACCACCGCUUCAGGAAGGGCGUGACCCUGCUCUUCCAGCGAGAACAAUCCCCUCCACAUGGUGAGAAGACCUGAGGGGUGAAUCAUGAAGCCAGAUUAAUGAGUUAGCGAAGUAUGUUGAGCCUAAAGCCACUAAGGUGACUCUGUUUCAACCUGCUAGAUCACCAUGGCAACUGAUGCUGCACAACUAACCUGCUCUGGAGUAGGUUCUGUUGAGAGAUUCAGACUUAAAUCAGCUAUAAGAUGCGCCUCCCUUUAACCAGUUUGUUUCCUGACUGUUCAAUAUGAGCGAUACAGAUGCUCAGGUGAGAGAUUCUGUUAAAUCUGCAAACCUGUUGAGCUGUCUGUUAGUAAAGCCACUGAAUGAAGCCAAGCAGAUACAGCAGUGCGAGCUCUAUGCGUUGCUUUGUGUUGCUACAAAUACCUACAUGUAUUUCGUUUGUAAUGCAGAAAACGCAUUAAAGUCUUUUUAUACUCUUUCCCCGAUUUGCUACCAAGUCCAUUUUACACUGUUGGUGCUGUUGUUCAUAGAACAUAGCUUAGAAAACUGAUUAGUAUUUAUUCAAAAUGAAAGUGAUAUCCUCCAUUAUGAGACAGUGUGAGACCUAAAGGCACUUUUUUAUUAUGUUUAAUAUAAAGUUAAAGAGCUUUAAUAUGCAGACAUCACGUUAGAAAUAAGCAGCGUCGACUGAGAGUGCACUGUGUAGUAAAACAAAUGUACUAACUUACAUGAUUAACAAUUCCCAUCAUUUGCAGAAACAGCCCCUUUUACUGUAACAAAUUUUCAGAUACCUAAUAGCUGUUUAUUAUUACUUGAUUAAAGAAGCCGGCAUGCAACUGAACUCGUUGGUUCAGAAGAAGAGUCACAUCUAAGCUACCACAAAGAAAGCCAAGCUAUGUCAAACUUGCUUCAUGGUACACCCCUCUGAGGGGGCAUAUUCAUUCAUUCAGCAUGAACACACAUAUGUCUUGUGGCUGUGGACCAAAGUUUGGCGUGGAAUGGUUAGAAACUUUUGAGAAAUAUGCUGAAUCACUUUCUGCCUGAGAAGAUAGAUGCUCCCUCCAUAUUCGUACUGUAAAUAUAAAGUUUAGCCUAACUUAGCUUAGCUUUGUAUAAAGACCAAAUUUUGGGAAACAGUCUGGUUUUGUCCAAAGACGAAUAAAAUCUGUCCUCAAGCACUGAAAAUUUAAAGUUUUGCCGCUGAUGGUUUGGAUUAUGCAGCAGUGAAGUACUUUUAUUUGAGGACCUCUCCAUUUUAUUUGCAGUUCAGUAUAUGUAAAUAUUCCACCAAAACAAUUCCUUCAUCACUAUUUUAGUGAACAUCAUCAAAUAAAAAAGACGUGUAGUCAGACUAUUAUGCAGAGUGUUGUUUUCAGCACUAAAGGAUGGUCUUGCAAUGUGAGAUCAUAGCCAAGAAAUAGAAAAAGUCAACCAAGAAAUAAUAAUUUGGUUAAUGCAACAACCUAAUGAUGUUUAGAGGUACUGGUAGGCAGAUGGUGUUAUCCUUAUACAAAGUCAAGCUAGCAGUUUCCCUCUAUUUCCAGUCUUUAUGCUAAACUAAACAUUUCCUGAGUCAAGCUUCAUACGCACUGAACAUCUGUGAGAAUGGUAAUAUUUCCCUAUUUAACUCUCUGCAAAAAGCUAAUGAGUGCAUGUCCCCUAACUAUCCAACAGUUUUAUCAGUUGUAAUGUAAUCUGAACUGUAAUUUGUAAACAGAAACCAAAUUCUGAAUCUCUGCCGUGUGUCUAUGGACAGACAAACCUACAGUACACCUGUGCAUUGCAUGAUAACAGCUUUCAGGUGUGGACCAAACACACACACUGUAGGUCAAAAUGGAAAGGGCAAUUAUCAGAAAAUCUGCAGGUCUGUGUAGCUACUUUACUGCCUCAACAAACCUCAUCCUCCACUCUGGUCUCCUUGUUUCGCCUUCCUCUAUCAUCAAACCUCUGUCCUGAAGCUUUACAUCACAGGACUUUAAUGAGUCUUUCAACAGCUUCAGCUGAAAACCUACUGUAACUGCAGUAGUUUUACUGACAACCAACCACAACCACACAGUAAUUUUAUAUAUAUAUAUAUAUAUAUAUAUAUAUAUAUACUUUUUUUUUAAAUCAGUGUUGAUUUAUGUUUAGAGAUCAUGUUACCUCCUCCUCUGUGGAAUAAUGUGGAUUACACAUGUUUUGGUGAAGGGAACAGUUUGUGCUAUAGUUUUUAUUCUGUGGCAUUGCACACAUGUAUUUUUGAACAUUGAAUUUCAGCCUGUUAAGAUGAUAAUCUGCCUCAACAAUCAGAAAUGCACUUCAUUAGUUGCUAUGUAAGCCAUUUAAAUUGUGCUAUAUGUCAGAUAUUAUUAUUUUGUACAGCAUUUCUUUUUAACGUUUGGUUAUUUUUGUCGGCAAAUGGAAGAAUGAUGUGUAUUGCAGUACUGACUAAAUGAAUGAGACACCAACCGCUAAGAUGUGGUCUAAAAAGCAUAAUGAUUACAGCAGACCCUCAUACUGUGCCUAUCUUUUCAGGGUGAAAUGUACUUGUAAUAUAAGAUGAUCUGUCAGCUAUGAGUUGUGUGUAUUGUACAGUUUGACAGUAUAAUUAUACAUUUCUACAUGAAGUUGAAGAGCACUUUGAUGCAUGAAAUGGCUAUAUUUUCAUUCUUGAAAAAACAGUCAGAAUUCAUGUAAUUCUGUCUUAACUGGGCUUUUGAUAGCAAGAAAACUGAUAAACAGAUCAGAACAACUGACGGAAAAAGAUGCUAUUCUUGCAAUUAGUGUCUCUAAAUUGAUUUAUUUUAUGAAUCUAUUAACAGUGAUUGCAUUGGCAUAAUAGUAAAAACAAAAAUACAUUGUCCUAUUAACCAUAAAGUGCCCAACACAGAAAUAGUUGUAUAAUUAUUUGCUCUCUUGCUGAUUGUUUGAUGGAAAGAUUAAUUGGACCGUUGUAUAUACCUAAUAAAUAUGAAGCUAUCUGAACUUACCAUAAAGCCUGGAAACAAGAGGAAAACAGCUACCCUAGCUCUGCCCAAAUGUAAAAAAAAAUGUGAUUACCAUUAAUUCUAAAGCUCACUAAUUAAUGCAUUAUACACUACCAGUCAAUUGAAUGAGAAAGUGUGUCCAAACUUUUUACUGGUGGUGUAUAUCCUUUGCUUAGCCCAUACAAAAUCAAGCAAGAUUCCCUCUUCCCAAUUUGCAUAUAACACCAGUAAUAUCAUAAAUGUUUAUUUUUGUAUGUAAUUUUUUGUAGGAGUCUUACAAACCAGAUGCAAUGUGUUACAUAAUCAGCUUUAAAAGGGCAGGACCCAGAUAAGUGUUUCCCUCUUUACAGGCUCUGUGCUAAUGUUUCCUGACUAUAGCUUCAUGAACCAGACUACAUCCCAAGAUGUAUUUUUUUUUUUAAAGCUAACUGAAUUACAAUCCGGUGCAUAUUCAUGGAUGCAUUUUUAAUAAUAAUGGUUGCUGGUAGUGUUGCUGGAGUAGAAAACAAAGAUGCUAACAUGUGUGAACCUCAUAGAGUGAAUGAAUGAAUGAAUGAAUGAAUGAAUAUCUUACAUGUGCAAACUUACAGCCAUUUUGGACUUUUCAGCAAAAAAACUGUCAUUAUUUUUCUACUGCAGAAUCUGAAAUCAACAGCAUCCUGAUUAUUGUUGAUUCUGUGUAAGAAGAGAAGUGAUAAUUAUCGUGCUGACGUUGAAUCGCUGUACAGAGUUGUAUCAGUAGUGCAUACUUCAUCAAUGGUGAUUGCUUCAGAUUUGGUACUAAUAAAUGUGUUUGGGAACA